AAAAAAGUGGGCGCAAAUGAUGUCUUCCACCACACUCCGGCCGCUGGUGCCAGCGGCGGCGUCGGUGCGCGCGGUGCGGAACUACGACUCGAUCCCGAAGCGGGAGACCUUCAGCUCCAGCCGCAGCAUCCUCGACGAGUUCCUCAGGCAGGAGAAGCCCCUCGUCCAGCGCAUGGACCAGAUCACAGAUUAUUGCACGACCAUAGAAGGUGAUGAAUGUUGCAGCUGUUGGGAUUCAUACUUUGAACUGAAUAAACUUGAGCAAGAGCUACCCAAAGAGGAAAUUGCAAGGAUGGUGAAGGAUUCAGAGGGAGAUGUGAAAUACCUGAUCGAUAGCAUCCAUCACCGUUCAAAUCUACGGAAAAAGAUGGCUGAGAAAGCUCAUCAUACUGUCUCAUCAAGCUCCCAGGGGCAAACGGCGAAGCCAAGGCCUUUCCCUGUGCCUGACGGGUUGCCGAAAACACAGGAAGAGCUUGCCGAAGAAGAGGAAGCCCUGAUGCCAGAGUCUCCUUACACAAGGUUACUGAGAAGGAUGGGGAGAUACCCUGAUUGGCACACCCCGCGCCCUGAUCAUGAGACCGACUGAAUCAAGUCCAUUCACCACAAUCCAAAUAUCCAUUUUCGAAAUUUUGUGGCAUGAUAAUCUGAAGCUGUAUGUGGCCUGUGGUGAGAUUAUUAGUGCUGCUCUUGCACAUAUGCAGAUUUGGUUAAUAGGUUCUUCCCUGCUUUUGCAAUCUGAACUGUAUAACGGUGUCUGCUUUGUGCUGUACAGCUCUUACGUCCAGCAUAGCUUUUAUUCCACUCUGUAUUCCCCUUCGAGGUUCUGUGUAUUGAUGCAUCUAUGUAUAUGUAUGUCUACUUCGUAUAGCCUGGAAUAAAGUAUCUGGUACCCAGAGUUUCUGGACA